UCAAAGUUUAAAUGUAAUUAUUUUCUGUUGCAGAUGAACCAACACGUUCCUUGAGUGGUCUCAUCUUGAAGAAUAAUGUAAAAGCACAUUUUCACAACUUUCCAAAUGGGGUAACUGACUUCAUUAAAAGUGAAUGUCUGAACAACAUUGGUGAUUCCUCUCCCUUAAUUAGAGCUACUGUAGGCAUUCUGGUAACAACCAUUGCCUCAAAAGGGGAAUUACAGAAUUGGCCUGAACUCUUACCAAAGCUUUGCAGCCUGUUGGAUUCUGAAGAUUACAAUACCUGUGAGGGUGCAUUUGGCGCUCUUCAGAAGAUAUGUGAAGAUUCUGCUGAAAUUUUAGAUAGCGAUGUAAUGGACCGACCACUCAAUAUCAUGAUACCUAAAUUCUUGCAGUUCUUCAAGCACAGCAGUCCAAAAAUAAGGUCUCAUGCUGUCGCAUGCGUCAAUCAAUUUAUCAUCAGCAGAACUCAAGCUCUUAUGUUGCACAUAGAUUCUUUUAUUGAGAAUCUUUUUGCACUGGCUGGUGAUGAGGAGCCUGAAGUACGUAAAAAUGUUUGCCGUGCUCUGGUAAUGUUGCUGGAAGUUCGAAUGGAUCGCCUGCUUCCUCAUAUGAUUAGUAUAGUUGAUUACAUGCUUCAAAGGACCCAGGACCAAGAUGAAAAUGUGGCUUUGGAGGCUUGUGAGUUUUGGCUGACUUUGGCUGAACAGCCAAUUUGUAAAGAUGUAUUAUGUCGGCAUCUUACUAAACUGAUACCUGUGCUGGUAAAUGGUAUGAAAUAUUCAGAGAUCGAUAUUAUUCUGUUGAAGGGGGAUGUUGAAGAAGAUGAAGCUAUUCCAGACAGUGAACAGGAUAUAAGACCUCGAUUUCAUCGUUCACGGACUGUAGCUCAGCAACAUGAAGAAGAUGGUAUUGAAGAUGGUAACGAUGAUGACAAUGAUCUUGAUGAUGAUGAUGAUACUAUUUCUGACUGGAAUUUAAGGAAAUGUUCUGCUGCUGCUCUAGAUGUCUUGGCUAAUGUAUUUCGUGAUGAACUUCUGCCACACAUCUUGCCCCUUUUGAAGGAGUUGCUCUUCCAUCCCGAAUGGGUAGUUAAAGAAUCUGGUAUCCUUGUUCUUGGAGCAAUUGCUGAAGGCUGCAUGCAGGGUAUGAUUCCAUAUCUUCCUGAGCUGAUCCCUCACCUUAUUCAGUGCCUCUCUAACAAAAAGGCUCUUGUGCGCUCCAUUACAUGUUGGACUCUUAGUCGCUAUGCACACUGGGUAGUUAGUCAACCCCCAGACACAUACUUGAAGCCAUUAAUGACUGAGUUGCUAAAGCGUAUUCUGGAUACCAACAAGAGAGUACAAGAAGCUGCCUGCAGUGCCUUUGCUACUCUAGAAGAGGAGGCUUGUACAGAGCUUGUUCCUUAUCUUGCGUAUAUCCUUGACACUUUGGUCUUCGCAUUUAGUAAAUACCAGCAUAAAAACCUGCUCAUUCUUUAUGAUGCUAUAGGAACUCUAGCAGAUUCUGUAGGACAUCAUCUAAAUAAACCAGAAUAUAUUCAGAUGCUAAUGCCUCCAUUAAUCCAGAAGUGGAACAUGUUGAAGGAUGAAGAUAAAGAUCUCUUCCCUUUAUUAGAGUGCCUGUCGUCAGUUGCUACUGCCUUGCAAUCUGGCUUUCUUCCAUACUGUGAACCUGUGUACCAGCGUUGUGUAAAUCUGGUGCAGAAGACUCUUGCACAAGCCAUGUUGCACAACGCUCAGCCAGACCAAUAUGAGGUUCCAGAUAAAGAUUUCAUGAUUGUGGCCCUUGAUUUACUCAGUGGUUUAGCUGAAGGACUUGGAGGCAACAUUGAACAGCUAGUGGCUUGCAGCAAUAUCCUGACACUAAUGUACCAAUGCAUGCAGGAUAAAAUGCCUGAGGUACGGCAGAGUUCUUUUGCAUUGUUAGGUGAUCUGACAAAGGCGUGUUUUCAGCAUGUUAAGCCUUGCAUUGCUGAUUUCAUGCCCAUUUUGGGAACCAACCUAAACCCAGAAUUCAUUUCUGUGUGUAACAAUGCCACGUGGGCAAUUGGAGAAAUCUCCAUCCAGAUGGGUAUAGAGAUGCAGCCUUAUAUUCCAAUGGUGUUGCACCAGCUUGUAGAAAUAAUUAACAGACCCAACACACCAAAGACAUUAUUAGAGAACACAGCAAUAACAAUUGGUCGUCUUGGUUACGUUUGUCCUCAAGAGGUGGCCCCCAUGCUACAGCAGUUUAUAAGACCCUGGUGCACCUCUCUGCGAAACAUAAGAGACAAUGAGGAAAAGGAUUCAGCAUUCCGUGGGAUAUGUACCAUGAUCUCGGUCAACCCCAGUGGAGUAGUCCAAGACUUUAUUUUCUUUUGUGAUGCUGUUGCAUCAUGGAUUAGCCCAAAAGAUGAUCUCCGAGACAUGUUCUGUAAGAUUCUUCAUGGAUUUAAAAACCAAGUUGGAGAUGAGAAUUGGAGGCGUUUCUCUGACCAGUUUCCUCUUCCCUUAAAAGAGCGCCUUGCAGCUUACUAUGGAGUUUAACCUUAUGUGCUGUAGCUGCAGUCCCAUAAUUAGAGGUCCUUCAGUCUGGGAGACUAUGAGGGAGUCUCUGCACCCAGGGAAAAUGUUACCCUUUACUGGGGGGAAGGGUAAACCAGUAGGGAAUAGAGUACAAUCCCAACCCUACUGGGUGGGGUGGGAGGGAGGUGUUGCCGUCACUGUAUUAAGUCGAUGUUGGGAAAUGUUUUAACAUCUGGAGCCUUUGUGGGUGGAAAUCUGUCUCCUAUUACAACUCUGCACCGGAUGUGAAGAAGAAGGAAAAAAAAAAAAAAAAAAUCUAUCAACAAAACAGCACAUUGUGGACUAUUAUGGGGAAUUGUACCAAAAUAAGAACCAUAUAAUUGAACCAUAGGGAUACAUAAAGAGGAAAACAAUUUUGCACACAAUAAAAGAAACCUAAGAAUGGGGGUCACAAA